ACAGCGACUGGUGUAUCCACAUGUAUCUACCGUCCUACCAACUGGUAGGUGUUCUGUAGCUCUACCGUUAACACACCGACCAGCAAUCCGUGCUCCGUACCCUGUACUCAGUCUCCGUGUAGUUAGCUGCUUGUUCUGCACAUGUUGAGACGUGUUUAGAGCCCCUGCUAAGCGUUGUUUAAAUAAGAGUGGGAGAAUAUGAGAAUUCAAGGAAGCACCUUACUUCUCACCUCGGCAGUGGUUCAUCUAUGAAAACAAUUGAUAUAGAACGUGGAAGCGCAAUGCACGAGUUGGACACUGCGGAGAAGAUAUGCCUGGCGAAAAAUCGGGAUGCCAUAGUGGCUGAUGUGGAGGCCAAGUUCGUGCUUCCCCACAUUGAAGAAUCUGGCAUCUUCACGAAGGAAGAGUGUGAGGAUAUCCUGAAACAGGAUUCAGUUGAAAACAGGGUCAGGCGACUUCUCGAUGCCAUAUGUGGCAAAGGUGAAGCUGGCUACAAGGUGUUCAUUGACGCCUUGGAACGAGACAAUGGCUAUGUGUGGAUUGCACAGAAGCUUCGAAUGGAGCAUAGUGCCAUCAGGCAAGAGUAUGUUGAGGUGCAAAAGGCACUUCAGCAUGGGGGAGUACCGUUUCAGCCUGUGCAUCUGGUGAAGCGAAAAAAGACUGUGCUGAAGAUCAGAGAGGCAUUGCACUCUCUGGCCAACAGCGAGCACCGUCGCAAUGGAUCGGUGCUUCUGCAUGGCAUGAUAGGCUGUGGCAAGUCAAUCCUAGCGGCAGAGGCUUUGAGAGACUACAGGCUGCUGCAGGAAUGCUUUCCUGAUGGCGUCCACUGGAUACCGAUUGGCAAACUGCGUGAGCCGAGCGACGUGCUGCACAAGAUGCAUCUUCAGCUCGACCGCCUGAACUAUGACUCGCACAAGGACGUUGGCACUGUUGAAAUGGCGACCUGUCGUCUGAAGCGUUGGAGUCUGAAAUACCCCAGAGCCUUGCUGGUGCUUGAUGAUGUGUGGUCCUCUCGAGUUGUGGAGGCAUUUUCGGUGGGCGUUCCUCUGCUUGUGACCACACGGGAUGACUCUGUUGUGAAUGACAUACACAUGUACAAGGACUCCAUUCAAAUUGACGAAGGGCUCACCCUUGAUGAGACUCGGCAACUUUUUGCAAGUGUCCUGAAAAUGCCCGAACAAGAGCUGCCUCGAGAGGUUGAAGAUAUAUGGGCUACCCAUCGAGGGCUGCCCCUUUUGAUGGCCAACAUAGCUGCUGUGUUGCGUCCCAAUGCUAGGCAGCCCGAGAAAUGGACGCCGUACACUCAAAAUGCGCGUGGGAAAGGUCGAGUGAGGCAUGGCUCAGGCAGCAGCUACGAUGCAGCUUUGGAGCUCAUCGUCAGCAGCCUAGACUCGGAACAGCUUGGCUACUUCGAAAGCUUCGCUCUCUUCCUUGAAGAUGUCGACAUUCCCAGUCUGGUGUUUGAGGUGUUGUGGGACAUGGAUGCUGCCAAUGUCGAGCAUGCCAUGCAUGGAUUGGUGCAAAAGUCGCUCGUGCGCAUGGAGCCUGUGCACAACUCCUACACCUAUGGCAUCCACGAUCUCUACCUCAACUUCCUCAAAAGGAGGGCAGCCUCACUGAAGGACCUCCACCGACAGUUUGUGGAAAAGCUGCUAAUGCGCUGGGAACCUUGGACAAUGCCUUGUGCCCGUGGCUACUUCUACUGGUACCUGGGCUAUCAUUUGGACGAGGCUGGAAUGGAUAGAGAGUUUCGGAGGAUCUUCCUCGAUCUGCGCUUUGUUGACCGCAAAGUACGGUGCAACUGUUCAAGUGACCUCGUGACCGACUUGCUCCGCUAUGAGCACCACUUUCGUGAUGCCCAGGUUGCGCAAGAAAGGCUGGACAUGCUGCGGUUCUUGCAACCUAAUGUCCACUUGCUCUCUUAUCGGGACACGGAUGUCAUCCAGCUGGCGUUAAAUCAACCACAGAGCUCCAGUGUCCAUCAGAAGGCCUUGGACCUUGCCAGAAAGCGUGCUGCUGAAAAAGACCACCAGACUCCCUACUUCAUGUGGACGAACAUGCCCGAUAACUGGUCCCAGGCUGAAGUCAGAAUGAAAUCUCCGAAUGGCGGUGUGAACCACGCAGAAUUCAGUCCAGAUGACACCAUCAUCGCCUCAGCUGGAGAUGACCACAUAGUCAGGCUGUGGCAGAGUUGCUCUGGCCAUGAGCUUCAAGCUUUGACUGGCCACAAACAGGCCAUCAACUACUGCACCUUUAGCCCUGAUGGCCACAUGCUCGCAUCAGCCUCCUCGGACCACCUGGUCAUCCUGUGGAAUAUUGGUGAAGGCUUCCAUGGGAUUCCAGCAUCGCCAUUGGGAGCAUCACCCAAGUUAGGCCGAUUGGGAGCACGCCGCUGCUCGCGCUGCUCCAGAGCUGCCUCUGUUGAACACAGUGCUGCUGUUCUUUGCUGUGCUUUCUCACCCGAUGGCAAGCUACUGGCCUCUGGAGACGCACGUGGGUUCGUCAAGAUUCAUCGUAUCAGAAGGGGCGACCUAGACGGAGAACUGGUCAAGGCAAUUCCAAAACAGGGAAAUGCCGUUCGCAGCUGUUGCUUCACAAGUGACUCUCCUCGUCGCCUUGUGCUGGCCCUCGAUUCCCAGAGUGUAGUGAUAUGGAAGGUACCAUCUGAUACUCAGACAGCUCAAGUAGAGCAGCCUGAAAGGCCACAAGUUCUUGACCACGCAGACAGUGCCGUUGUGGAUUGCUGCCUUACACACGUGUUCAGGGGUACCGUAAGUGCCAGGCAGCAGGUUAUUUCAGCUGCCGGUGAGCAGAUUUGGUCCUGGGACCUGUGCAACCCAUCAGCAGAGAGUGCCAAGCGCUACAAUGGCUUCUGGAAGAGCUACAACUUGACAUGCUGUGCAGUCUCUCCUGACAAAACACUGAUUGCAGCUGGAACGUCGCUGCGGGCUAUCUUGCUGUGGAAUGCAGACACUGGAGCAGCGCUGGGAAGCUUCAAAGGUGAUGCUGAAGAUGUCAAGUCUGUUCGCUUCUCCCACGAUGGCAGCCAGCUGGUGUCCUCUUCAUCAGAUGGCACGGUUGUGGUUUGGAACGUGAGCAACUACCGCAGAUGCUCUCGAGUGGCACUCAUGCCAGUACUCGCCGUAGCCUUUGAGAACCUGGGUCCCCUGGUGGCCACUUUUGACGAAAGUGGGGUGAUACAGAUUUCAUCAGGGCUUGAGGCCAAGCAGGAAUUCAGGCAUGCACUGACUGACCCGGAGAGCAAAGUCUGUGAAGAAGUGACGUGCUGCUGCUUCUCGCACGACAGAACGGCUGUUAUCUUUGGCACCAGGAAUGGCCGCGUUAGUCUGUUUCAUUUGGGCACAAAGGAGUGUAAGGCUUUGGGCAACCAUGAUGGCAGCGUCACAUCAAUAAUAGCUUGGCCAGAAGGUCUAGCUAUUUCAGGCUCCCUGGAUUCAACAGUGAAGCUCUGGCACAUGGAUGGUUCUCACAGCACGCUCGUUGGCCAUCGUGGUCAAAUCACGGCGCCAUGCCACCUGUUUGGAGACAACCUCAAGCUUUUGUCAUCAUCAGACCAGGGCGAGCUCUUGGUCUGGAGCUUGAAGCACUACAGCCAGCCAUGCAUUCAGAUCAAGGCUCACAGUGCAGACUCAGUCUUGUGCUGUGAUGUGUCAUCUGAUGGGCAGUGGCUCCUCUCUGGGUCUGCUAACAAAACUAUUCAAUUGUGGAACGCUGAAACGGGCGAGCUGCUGCAUGAGAAGAUUCUUGACGCUUGUGUUCGCUGCUGCCGGUUCAGCCCAGAUCCCGAAAGUGUCACUGUAGCAGCUGGCACCGACGAGGGAUCUGUUUAUGUGUACCUCUUGGAAGAGGACUUGCUCCAGAAAGUCGGCGAGCACAAGCUUUGGGUCUAUGACCUGGCCUUUUCUCCUGAUGGCCGACAGCUUGCGUCGCUUUCGGAGUCCAUCUGCUGGUGGUCCCUGGACUCCCUGGAGUUUGCAUCUGCGCUGAGUUCAAUGGACGAUGGAAGCGUGGCGUCAUUAGAGUCACUGUCUCAGACCUCCUGUCGUCGUCAGUUGCAGAGAUUCCAGCUGCAGAGCUCCAAGGCUGUGGCCCUGUUUACCUCACCAGACUUCAAAACUUUCGUCACUGUCGAUGACUCGGGUAUCUUAUACAUACUCAACAAAUUGGUUGCUGCUCAAGAAACUGAGAGAUGACUAGUGUAUUUUUGCAUGGUUUUUGUUUUUGUUGCUGCUUUAUUUUUUCUAUAGUUGAAUUGUUAAAGUAGGUGAAAGUGCUGUGUGCACACAAGCGCUACUACUCUACGCGUUUGUCUGCAUCAAGUGCCUGUGUCCAGUUUCACCUUUUAACUCGGCAACAAAAGCAGUCGUGAAUGUUCCUGAGGUGAAAUUCUCCUGCUGUGCUUCUGGUCAAGCAGUAGCCAGCAGAUCAGCGAGGCCAGCACCAGCAGUCUGCUUGUGAAUUCACCCAUUUUAAUUCCUUGAAAGUGUGGAAAGCGUGCCUUGAGCAUGUGGCUCUUCUGCAUGGUGAUUACGUGUGAUAAGAGUCAGUGUUGAACAGUGACUUGAUUUUAAAGAAGAUGUGGCAGAUGGCUUUCUUGACUGAAGAUCAAAGAGCGUCUUGCCAUCUUCACUGUUCUGAGGCCAUAGCUUUGAAUUGCUUGGCUGACAUUGCCAUAUUUUUAAUCAAUCAGGACAGCACUGUUGAGCAUCUUAUACGGUUUGGCUGGAUAAAAUGAAUUAAAGUAAGGACAAGGACAGCGGAUUCAGUUGUAGGUUAGUUGAGACGUGGCUCAGCAGCACCAAAUCAUGCCAUGAGUAACUAGUCGGGGGUGCCCUUGGGCAUCGCGCACUUUGCCGCUGUUCGCUUACGUCCUGCUCUGCCUCUACACUAAUGCAGCCAUUUUGCUGCGAUGUACCUACUGCGAGAUUUUCUGUCCAGUUGCUCAAUCACUUUUCUAUUUGCCAGCACACAGUUGUCUAGACUAAGUGUGCCAUAUGAACAGAGGUGACGCAUGACUCUUGGUAUACCAGUUGUGCCACAAAGAAUAGCCUAAAAGUUGAUCUCUUGUUUGAUGCUUUUGCUAUUAAAAUUUCUUGCGGUGCCUAUCAAUUUCCCAGAGCCUUGCAUUCAAAUGCAUAAAACAAAUAAGAUGGGAAGUUUUUUACUGGCAGUUGUACUGUCUUUUGUUGGGGGAUUUUUAAUUUUUAUUGCUUUACAACUUCUGAAAUUUUUUGAUACUGAAGGAGGCGGAGCUUACGAGAGAGGCUAAAAUUUGUCUCGCUUUAAGGCGAGUGGAAGGAUGACUGAACAGGCAGGAGUUGCCUGUAGUCACACGUGCAGCAAUGUUACCUAUUUUCACAAAAAUUCCUUGAAGGCUGCAUGAUGUCUGAAUGGCGGGUGAGUAAGCGGUCGGCAGUACCUGCAGAGGUAUUUCAGUAUGAUUCCCUGAUUUGUAAGUCAAGUCACAUGACGACGCACUAGCUUACGACUUACGACAUGCACUGGGCACAUGUUGCCAUUGAUAAGUUAAGCAAUUAGCAUUCCUCAGUUUUGUUGUGGUAUGUGGUACAGGGUAAAUUAAAGUGUGUCGUAACUGACAGUCGGAAGACGCAAUAAUGUGCUCUAAGCACCUACCAGCUAGAAGUGCUGCCACAUGUAGUUCUUGAAUCUGAAACUUAGUAAGGAUGUUACGCAAGUUGUACGCUUCUUCGUUCUAUUGCUGGCUGCUUAUUAACCCUUUCUUUUAGCUCAUUGCCAUUUUGGAGAGCUGCAAUAUACUUGGGUGUCAUGCUGUGUACUUGGGCGACGUCCAAUCAAGCAAAACUGCCAUAAUGUAGCACCAGUGGCCUCUUUACCUGUCAGUACAAAGUGCAGCUGAUGAAUUGUGGCUAAACACAAAUGAAAUUUGACUGAGUGGUUUUUUUAACACCACCAAAAUUUUUCACUGGCAAUGGAAUCUCGAUUCUCACCUUUGCCCAGGGCAUAACGUUUGCAACAAUUAUUUUUUCAGAAUUGUAGAUGUACUCUCUUUUCAACCUCCAAAUAUUUGCUCAAGUACAUCACCAUCCCUCAAGUUCCUCCACAUUUUAGUUUUCCCUUUCAUUUUCAGUCAGUUUUUUUUUUAAUUUUUAAUCGCUAGACUAUGAAAGAACAUGUUCUCAUUGGUAGGAACGGCAGAUGGGGUUAGCUUGUCCGUCACGGCCAAUUUCAUGUAUGUUGUUUCGUUAUUAAGCGAGUUACUGACACAGGAGGGCAUAGCAUCCUUCAUGGCUGUAGCUGACUUUCAUCUCCAUGGCUAUUUUUUAAUUUAAUUACAUUCUGCUCACUGAGGCAUCCCAUGUGUUAAGACCUUUGCUUGGGCCAAUUUCCAUGACACUUUCCACACCAGCCACGUUAUGUUGGUUUCGCCCCGCCACGGUGGUCUAGUGGUUAAGGUACUCGGCUGCUGACCCGCAGGUCGCGGGAUCAAAUCCCGGCUGUGGCGGCCGCAUUUCGGAUGGAGGCGGAAACGUUAUAGGCCCGUGUACUCAGAUUUGGGUGCACGUUAAAGAAUCCCAGGUGGUCAAAAUUUCCAGAGCCCUCCACUACGGCGUCUCUCAUAAUCAAAUGGUGGUUUUGGGACUGUUAAACCCCACAAAUCAAUCAAUUAAAUCAACGCUAUGUUGGUCUAGUACAGUUUAGCCCAGGGGUCUGAAGCUUAAUUCAGCUAGCAGGCCGCAGUCACAAAAUUUAGUCGCACAAAGUCUGGAACAGUGAGGAGGUUGAAGCAAGGGGAAGAGGGGGUGGAACGAAAGAUCGUUUUAACUGCCAUUUGAAAGAAUGCCUUUGGAUAAUUUCUGAAGGCCUUUUGGCAUCAAGAUCCGAGAAUCGUAGCGAUACUGAUCUCCAGAGUAAUUCAGAUCUGAGCGUCGGCUGUGAAAUAUAUAAAUUUUGUUCCGUGGUCAUGUUUCUACACAUUGUGAUCACACGGGGUGCCUCGUGAAAAAUUAUGCUUGAACCGGAUCCGUUCUUACCCAAACAAAGCAUUAUUAAUCGCAAUACGCAAAUAAAUAACGAGGGUACAAUUUAUCAGAGUUGCAAACAUUUAUUCGUUGUGAAGCCACAAGCCGCGUGUUUGAGUCCUGGUUUAGCCAAUAUGACUCAUUAAUGAGUGCAUACCUUUGUACGGGGAGAAGAAACUGCAUUCAUAUUUCAUUCAAGGUUGUUUGUCUAAGGUUGGAACAUCUAAAAGCUUCUGCCCCAUUUGCUGUACAUGGAAAAAGUUUUGUGGGCUUGCUAUGCAAGGCCGGAAGGGGCAUUCGAUCGAUGCAAAGAUAUUGUCCCUUACAUUCGUUCGUAAGCAAUUUUGCUUUCUCACUGGCACGCCAUGCUUGUGUGAGAUGUUCAAAGCAAUGUUGCCACCCAGACUUCGUUUUCAUGCCUUUCUAACUUCCAAGUGUGUCCUCGCAUUGUGAGCGGUGUUGUUAACACCAAGGUAAUUUAGUAGUAUUGGCAAAAUCAUUUUUUAACUUUGAGGAGAUGCCAAAAGUAUAUAUAUAAAUUUUUUCGCUUGUGGUCAUAUGGCUUCAUUUGUGGCACUUGCAUCUUGCAGCAUGAGUACUUGAUGGUGGAAGACAUUGCUCUCGCUUUAUUUUUUAGAUUUAUUGCACUGUUAUGGGUUACGUAAUGUCCGAUUCAUGUUUGCUUGUGUGUGGUGCAUUUCCCCUUCUUUUUUUAUAUAUACAUACUUUCAUGCAUACAAUUUAUUUAUCAUCUGCUUUAUACUGUGUGCUUUCCGAAGUUACCAUUUAUAUUUGCUGUAGUGAGAGAUAGCAUCAUCUUGAAUAGUUACCAUUAUGUACAGACCUGUGAUCACGUUUCAUGUGUGUAGUGGUCAUGUGUCUUCAGUUAUACUUUCUAAAGGCAUACCCAAACACAUUUCUUCCUUACUUUGUAGAAAUCGCAAAGUGCUUAUUUUUGGAUCCAUGAAGUGGGACACUAUUUAGUAUAUUGAACAUUGUUGUAAAGCCAUGAUAUAGAUUGUCUUCGUCCGUGCAACAUAAUCUAAAGCCACCUAAUGAACAUUUGCUAACUAAUGAUUGUUUCAUGCCACCCCUUUUUUUCUUUAUUGUUCUAAAAUCAUUCAUUUCAUCUGUUUUACACUGCCUUGAAAAGGCUAUAACAAUGCUUUUCCAUUUACUGGUCUCACUAUGGUGUUAAUACAGCCUCAAACAUUUUUUAUUGAGUAUUUCCUCUUAUUUAGAAAUCGUGUUGCUUAUGUGUGGUAAUCUUGCUCGUGUUUUUUAAACAUAUAAAAAAUACCAAGUAUUAUUCGACUUGAGAUUCACUGGAUUACAUGACAUUUUCUCAUAUGUGGUCAAAGUGUUCAGAAUCGAGUUAUCUCACGAGACAGUUCUUUGAUAUUCAUGUGCUCAUUUGUUGUGUACUCUUGUAAUGGAGUUCUAAGUUCUGUAAUGUUUUGUUUUCUUCCUUCCCAAACAUUUGCAGUGCAAGUAAUUUUUUAUUUUUGUACAACAUCCCAAUGCUGUAUUCGCUCAUUAAAUUAAAAUUAUUAGUUGUCGAGCAACUUCAGGUUCGCGGAUUUCAGUGCAUAAUGCAUUGUUCUUGGGCAUCUGUGCACUCUGUGCUUUUGGAAGAACAGGCUUUUUGAUAGACUCUACUGAUGGCGUUAAUGCUAUUAUGAAAUACGGACAUAUAGUUUUUAUAAGAUUGUGCUCAUUUAGUCCAAAAUAUCUUAGUUUUUUUACAUAAAUAUGUACGGAAUGAGUUCCGUAAAUAUCAUGAUGUCUGUGAAGACAUUGCAAAGCAUUUUCAUCGAUGGCUUGUGUGUCUUUUUAUCAGAAAUGUUCCUCCUCAAACAAUUUUUAUGUGUGGCUUGCUGGCAGGCUGCUGUGGAUCAAAUUUCUCAAUAUUUUCUCAUGCUUUUCACAGUUAUCCUAAUGAAUCAUUAAGCAAAUUUUUAUAACCUUUUUUGUGUGAACUGCUGAGGUUUGGGGCGCUUACCAUGUCUCGUAUACAAUGGAACUUCGAUUAUACGUCCCCCGGUUUACGACAACCCACAUUUUGCGACGAAUCAGUUUGGUCCUGGCCAAAUCUUCAUAGAAAUAACGUAUUAAAAACCUUGGUUAUAGAUGCAGUUUAUGCCGACCCCGCAUGUUACGAGGAAUUUCAGAUUUGUCUGAAAAAAACAAAAACAAACUUAUUUACUCAAAUCUAACACCGCACAAAUAUUUACAAGUGCAAAAUAUGAACUUGCGUUCUGCUAGGUUGACAUUUGGAAAAGUAGAGUGUGAGACAGGAUGUCUUCGAAUGCAAAAUUUAUUUUUCUAGCAGUUCAUGUGCUUCUGCAUAUGCCUCAAUUGCAAGGCGUACAUAUCCGGCGUCGUUACUAAGUCAAGCUCUAUCCAUACAGAGUAGCUUCAGCCAGCCAGAAAGCUGAUAAUUUCACGUUUGUAGUCCAUGGAAGGUUUCUAUGGACGACAUACAGCUGAUCUCCUGCCUUUGUCGCACUCGCAGUCACAGGCUUGCGCACACAAAAGGGCGCGAUACAGCUGUUUUGACCGUUCAAAAUUACUUUGACUUGACGUCAAUGUUUAUAAUAACGGCGGGACACCACUAGUUGCACUUCACAAGGGAGCAAGUUACAACGCUUAUAGCUCAGUCGUGCACCAAGGUAUUCUACACAAGCUCGUGGUCCGUCGCCAUUAUGUGAUAGCAAUGACGCUAUCUCUGACUCUUCCAACGAGAGGUUGUUGGCAAUGCGUUUUUUUUUUUUUUUCGUUUUCACGCACGGCCAAUUUCGGGACCCUGUUUAUCGGUAGAAAGAUGCAUGUUGGGGUCGAUAUUUUUUUUUAAGGUGGAGAAUAAAGAUUUGCUCGAACCUCCUUCAACUAAGUAACGCUGCCAUUAGCUGCUACUGGCAAGAAUAAUUUAUUCUACCUUCCUUGCGGAGGCACAAGGUCAUGCUGCGGGCUUAUUCAAGUAAUCUGUGCCAGUUUUUAGGGCAAGGCUGAGUGUCACUGCCCAUAAUCUUAGUUUUCAAUUAUACGAUGCCCGAAUUAUACGACGGUUUUGUGUGGUCCUCUGAAAGUCGUAUAAUAGGGGUUCCAAUGUAUUUCACAACAGAAGGAAGCUGUCCUGCUUGUAGCCUUAAGGCAUUGACUACUUAAAUUUCUUAUUGCCAAAGAGAUCUAUUCAAGCUAGAAGUAGUAAUACUAUAGCCCCCCCCAUGUUAGAUACAGUGACGUGCCAAGUUUCUUAUGGAUUUCCUUACCUUUAGUUUUUUUUUAGACAAUACAUUUAUGGCCACACUUGCAAUAGUCGUGAUCAAGAACACCUAUUUUCCCAACAGUGUGGCGUGCCACUAACGCAUGGAAUGGUUGGUGGCACUAGUAUUUAAUAAGUGCAAUUUCUUUUUACAAGUGGGACACUUCCAUGAUAUCACAAUUUCGUUCUUAUCUUGUAAGAACUUCAGUCUCUCCAUAUUUGUUGGUUAUGUGGCUGUGAUUCAAAUACUAAGCAUAUCGCCAUUUUUAUGUAGCAGCCAGUCAAUCUGUCACCUCACAGUGCAUGUUUGCUUUCUGUGCAUGUUUGUGUGGACUGUGCUCUGUGGAACAGUGACAUUUGAAGGAAGUUGAUGUUAUUUUGUCACUUUUGUAUGUAUACACAUCGUGCCUUAUGAACUGCAGUGCUGCUUUUAAUAAAAAAUUUUUACUGAGA